CUCUCGAGUCGGUCAGCUGGUAUAAAUACGCCAACGCGUGUGGUACUUCUAACGCCUCGCCAUGUCUUCGACGGAGCUCGAGAGCGCUAGCAGCGUAGCACCCUGGAUCCAGUCACACCUGACUGCCUUGUUCCAGCCUACUGGCGCUGCAGAGAACGUGAAAGCAGAACCCUCUUUCGAUCGAAUCUUCUCUCCCGAUUGUGACGUUAGGAAAAAUCACCAACCUCAGGAUUUCCAGACAUUUAAGGGGGAAUUCGCGUCUCAGGCAGCGGGGAGCCUGGGAGUUAACGUGAAAUGGGAGCAGAUCACCUCAAUGAACGACGACAAGCCGGACAAUCCAACUUUCGUUGCUGGUGCGUUUGUCGUCACCCGUGUCAUGCCGUUCUGUAUACGCGCCUCUCUGGCGCAGAGGGUAGUCUCCGUGCACUUCAGUGCAAAAGUUGAACCUCAGGGAGAUGACGUCAACCAUGACAGACGUAUCACUAGUUUCUAUUACACGGUAGUGGAUAGGACGCCCCCUAUCCACUUUGCAACACCUCAUGGAGCCAAGGUGGAGAAGCAAGGUUAGAUUACAAUCCGUGGGAUGUAUUACGAGUAUCAGAAGGAGUGUAAUAGUGGACUCUAAUUUCCGAAUCGCCAUCACUGUAC